ACUGAUUUGUAGGCCUAGGGAACACUUUGGAUGUUUUAUGAUAAAACUAUUGCCAAAAUAGGGGAUUAUGAUAAUUCACUGGUUCACUGGUUCACUGGUUCCCAAUUCUGUUUCGCGAAAUAAAAAAAAAUAAAGGACUUGAUACUCUCAGACUUGGUAGAGCCAACAUAUGACGUUACGUAAAAGAACUUCAGAAAGAGUUUUGUUUUGUAUCGCCCCAAACCGAAUCAGUUCUUUAAUACCCUGCUCUAAGACCCCUCCGUAGACAGUUGAGUGAAAACACUAACUGAAAGAUUAUAUCGUUUGAAUAUUCUGUGUAGCACUGGAAGAGCAGCAGGUGAAGGCUGUACACGAACCAAAUGGCCUUACAAUUCAUGUUUUUCAGAAUUGAACUCAAUCAUAACAGAUCAAUCGUAACAGUUUCGAACUAAAAUUUCUGCAAUUUGUAUAAAAUUCAAAUUAAGGAUCCAAUUUAGAUCAGCGAUUUGUUCACCAUUCCACGAAUUUCAAUUUUUUAUGGGAAACAUGACAACAGUAUUAGGGAAUUCCGUCCAAACACUGCCCCUGAUCCCGCCCAUAGUGCACUAUCACCUGCUAGUCAACAAGGUCAAAGGCUCGUUUAAAAAAGUAAAAACAUUAAUGUCUUUACUGGAAAGGGAAACACACUUAUCCGUAAAAAAGUUGUCCCUAGCCCCGCCCAAAGUGUACAACCACCUGUUUGUAAAGAAGUUCAAAAAUUCGCAAAACUAGGUAGCAGAUAUACACUACUUCACUGGAAAGAGAAAAGGACAAAUCCCUUAUGCAGGACAUGGACGUUAUAAGCUUUGCUAUUCUAAAGAUCGUUGUGCUGUUAAUCACUCUCGUCACUGAAGGGAAAGCUUAUGAUGACUUCGACAAAGAAUGCGUACGAGUCCAUAAUCAGUUAAGAGCCCUGCACAAUGCAUCGGCUCUAUGUUGGUCAGAGUCCUUGGCCAGGGACGCACAAAAAUGGGCAGAAAGCUUGGCGUACAGGGACCGAGCGGAGCACGAUUACCAGGACCUCAUCACUAAGGGACAAGGAGAGAAUAUUGCUUGGAUGGCCAAGGCAGUCGAUAAGUGCUAUGGAGCCGUUAAAAAGCCAGGAUGUAUAACUUGCGGAGAUAUAGUGAAGAAGUGGUACAGCGAAGAGAAAAACUACGACUUUCAGAAGGCAGCUGCAAUUGCUGUAGGACAGCCCAUCCGUCACUUCAAUCAGAUUGUAUGGAAAUCCACAGCAGAACUAGGUGUGGGUAGUGCGCGCAGCGAUCAACAUGGCCUGAUAGUGGUAGCACGAUAUAGUCCCAUGGGAAGUACAGGAGGACCUGCGGCCUUUCUUCAGAACGUGAGUCCACCAAGCUAUGGAAACUCGUCACUGGAUGCAGAAGGUCAAAAACCGAACGCAGGAGAAACAACAAUAAUAAAGAUCACUAAAGUUGUGCAAAAGCUCCCACAAGCGGUGAGUCCGGCAACAAACGGAUCAGGAGAGACAGGCCUGCCUUCUCCCCCUCCUCCUUCAUCAUCUCCGACUGAAGCUCCACCGACAGUCCCUGAACGAACAGGGUCUUCCCAGACUUGUGGGGUGAGAAAACCAAGCCGCAUUGUUGGAGGCGAGGUGGCAUAUCCUGGUGCCUGGCCUUGGCAAACAGGACUAAAGCGUACUCCAAGCGACAUCAUCUUUUGCGGGGGAUCCCUUAUAAACAAAGAAUGGGUUGUUACGGCGUCUCAUUGCGUUUACGACAUGCUCAGGGUGAACAGCGACACCGUGCUGAUUGCUGUAUUGGGUGAGUUUGACAAAGCCAACAAAGAAGAGCAAGAAGUCUCGAUCAGAACGAAGAAGAUAAUAAUGCAUCCACAAUACGACCCCCAAAGUUUAGAUUAUGAUAUCGCCCUCCUAAAACUGGAGGCACCACUUGACUUCAACGUGUACAUUCGCCCGGUCUGUUUACCAGGCAGCUACACGAAGUUUGACGAACGAUCGACAUGUUAUGUCACUGGUUUCGGAAGAACACAGCAGGGCGGAGAGCUAGCGGGAAUGCUGCGUAUGGCCAAGGUACCGCUUGUAAGCAAAGAAACAUGCGAGGCGGCGUAUGGAAAAGAGAAGAUAACAGACCGUAUGAUCUGCGCAGGGUUUCCCAAAGGAGGAAUAGACGCAUGUCAAGGAGACAGUGGUGGACCGCUGAGCUGUUUGUACGAGGGGCGCUGGUAUCUGACCGGGGUUGUAAGCUGGGGGGUUGGAUGCGCUCAACCAAAUGCUUAUGGUGUCUACGCAAAAGUGCAGGAACUAAACGAGUGGGUGGACAAUACUAUGAAAGAAAAUGAAUAGGUACUGACUUAUUGUGACCCCAAGCUAUAGUUUGUAGGAGGUCAGUUGUUUGUAAAAUUAAUAACAGCUUUCUCUGAACAGAAAUUGAUUAAAGAGCAAGUUAAACAAUGCCCAAUUGAAGCGUCAUAUUUGUGAAUCAUACGAGUGAACCUAAAAGAA